GUGAGGAAGAGAGAGAGAAAAAGAGAGGGACGGAGAGAGAGAAAGAAGUUUGUUCCCUUGUUCCUCUCCUCUUGUGGACAUUAAGAUCAGAAAGUGGUUUCCUCCUGGAGUUUCCACCUCGCUUUCAUUUCUCCGCAACUUUACAUUUUUUGGUAUUUUUUAUUUUCUUAAUUUUUUUUUCUUUCUUUCUUUUCUCUUUUUAUUUUUUGCUUUAAUGGCUCGUGCAUCCUGACCCACGCACGCGACUUUCCCCCCUCCCCUGACACGUCCUGCGUGAAGAUGUCCGGUCGGAGCACGGUCCACGUCGCACCCGUCGAGGCUUAUGGAAUAUAGCCUGCUCCGCGCACAUCAUCACCACCACCUUCACCACCACCAUCAUCAUCAUCAUCAGCUCUAUGCUCUACCGGCUGCGAGUUCGGUGAGGCGGAAGCUCGCGCUGUUCGGCAUCAUGCUCGUGCUGUGGCUCUACGUGCUGUACUCGUGCGUGGGCUCGUGCGCCACCGUGCCGACUUUGCGCGCCGACCGGCGGCGACGUCCCGAGGACGCGUCGGGCACGAGUUUAGUGCCGCGCGCGCGCGCCUGGGAGGAGGACGACUACGACCGUAACGGAGUCGGCGUGUUUUCCCGAGACUUAAACACCGUCGAAGGCGGCGACGACGACGCGACGGAGGUCGGGACACUCCCGCGUGAAGUCCUGAGCGCCAGCGAGACGGAGACGGAGAUGGAGACGGAGAAGCGCGGCGCGGACUCGGGAGGAGCCGCGGGAGUUGACGCGGGAGCGGAGCGGAGGUCUGCGGUGCACAGCGGCGGCUUGUCCUCCUUCUCCAACGGCUCCGGGGUGAAGCGGCUGCCGCAGGCCAUCAUCGUCGGCGUGAAGAAAGGCGGCACGCGCGCGCUGCUCGAGUUCCUCCGCGUGCACCCCGACGUGAGGGCGGCGGGGGCCGAGCCGCACUUCUUCGACCGUUUCUAUGGCAACGGAUUGCAGUGGUACAGAGACCUGAUGCCCAAGACCCUGGAGGGUCAGAUCACCAUGGAGAAGACGCCCAGCUACUUUGUGACUCGUGAAGCUCCAGCUCGAAUCUACUCAAUGUCACGUUCCACCAAACUCAUCGUGGUGGUGAGGGAUCCAGUCACCCGGGCCAUCUCAGACUACACACAGACACUGUCCAAAAAGCCAGACAUUCCCUCAUUUGAGAGCCUGACUUUUAAAAACAGGACUACAGGCCUAAUCGACACCUCAUGGAGCGCCAUCCAGAUUGGCAUCUACGCCAAGCACCUGGACAACUGGCUCCAGUAUUUCCCCAUGCGUCAGAUCCUGUUUGUAAGCGGCGAGCGGUUGAUCAGUGACCCAGCCGGAGAGCUCGGCCGUGUGCAGGAUUUUCUGGGCCUAAAGAGGAUCAUCACAGACAAACACUUCUAUUUCAACCAGACCAAGGGCUUUCCAUGCCUGAAGAAGGCUGAAGGAAGCAGCAAGCCUCACUGCCUGGGCAAAACCAAAGGCCGAACACACCCCAACAUUGACCCUGAGGUGGUGCAGAGGUUACGGGACUUCUACCGGCCCUUUAAUAUGAAGUUCUACCAGAUGACUGGACACAACUUUGGUUGGGAUUGAAAGUGAACAAAAAAAAAAAAAUUUGUGUUUGCGAUGGCAAAUGUGACAAUUGUUAUCUAUAUAUAUAUGUGUAAAUGUACAGAAAUCUAUUUUAUAAUAAUUUAUUUUUUAAUUUUGAAGCAAUUAAUUCACUAAGCUGCCUAACCAUAUUUGUUCAGUGCAUCUGGCUCACAUUUCCACCCCUGCCUCCCAACAUUCCUACCAUCCCCUUCCCCCAAAUAAUGGUUGGAUCAAUAGGCCUAAUUACUACUCACAGUGUCCUUGAUUCAUGCAUAGAGUUUCCCUCAGAAUUUCUUUUUUUUUCCAGGCAAUGCACACUAGAAUGGGCAUUUUAUCAAUGGGGCAAUUGUGUGUUGGACUACACAGAGGCAACAUGUCAUUAUGCUAAUUACAUAACACAUGAACCUGAUUAGAUAUCUGAGGUCUCGUUGCAUCUUGGUAUAAUGAGGGGAAUGCGAUUGGGUCUGUGCCAAAGGUGCUGUCAUCAUGCAGACGGUGUGAUGUUAUAUAAAGUGCAGUCAGAAGAUAUUAUGGUUCCUCAAUGAUGAAGUGGAUCGGACCAAUUAAGCAUCUGAAUCUCAUCAGGGAUGAUCUCAAUCAAUUUCCUGUUGCCAAAUUCGGUCGUGAGUCCGAAACCAGGUUAUAGCGCCUCGAUUUGUUUGUUUAAGUCGUUUGUGUUGCCUUGUUUAGACCUCGUUUUUCUCUUUCUACUUGAAUUCUUUUUAUGCAAGAGGGAGAAAGUGUCUAGCCUCGCCAUCUGUUAUAUAUCAUAUAACCUCCGAGAUGAGAGAAAGACCUCAGCACAGCCCUGAUUUAUCUGCUUCUCCUUAGUUUAAUGAAAAGUCGUUCGGGGAAAACUUCCCUAUGUUGUGUCUAAUUCUGAAAUGCAAAACAUUAUGCAAAAGGCAUGUAGUGUAGCAGGAGUUUGCUUAAGUUUCAAGGUCCAAACCAUGUAAGAUUAAGAUUUCGAAGUGGAAGUGAACAAAUGAGCAAAUGAUAUGCAGCGGAAAUGUAGUUUUUGAUAAAAACAUUUUUGGACAAAUUGAAACAGGGUUGAGUUGUGAAUGUAGCGAAGCCUCAAAUCACUAAAACAUUGUGAAAAUCCAGUACUGAGGAAAACACU